AGAACAGCUGCGGAAAAGUUUUGCUAUCGCGUUACCUUGACAUUGCCUUGACAACCAUAAACGCAGUCUAUAAAAAGGGGCGAACAACUUUUCAGUAUUCAGUAUGAUACAUGAAUUCUCACAUCGACGAUAAAUCUUUGCUUCGUAGAUCAUGAUUAACAUAGAGCAUCCAAAAAUCCACGGGAAACCACCCGUGAACAAAUCUCUUCCGUCGAAAGAUGCCGAGUCCAAAGAGAAACAGUUCACUCAAAAAAUGGUCCACGAAAAAAUGGAAAUUAACGAAGAAAAAACACAGAGAGCAGACUGCAAUCAAAACAUCAUCGACUCGACUACAUGCUCGUUCGAGCAACUUUGCAACAUAAUUAGCGACCUCGAGAAAGACAUAGCUGUCAAGAUGCCAGAAAUAGAUCAAUUACAGCUGAAACCAGAAAAAGACGAAUCUGAAGGGAAAAAUGCAACAAAUGCAACAAUGUACGAUGAUAUAAUGUCCUUUUUGACCAAGCUUGAAGAGGGUAGUUCCUUAGAUGAAACAAAAUUUUGCAUACCGGAGGUAAACGACACCGUAUUUGGAGAAAUAUUUACUAAUUCGCACUCUCUGCCUUGCGAGAUGCAGUAUAGAGAAGAGCAUAACAACUACAGUAUCUGUCCGUCUAACGUCAACAACGAUAAUCAUACAUUUAAAGAAGAUGUAGCGACAGCGCAGUUAUUACUGGAAGAAAAAAACGCCACGAUAUCGUUUUUGAAAGAACAGCUAAAGACCGAAAGGAAGGCAGCUUGCGACAAGUUGGAGGAGCAGAAGAGAAGCAGUUCCUCCAAGUUGCAGCAACAAGAGGAAAAGUACAAGGGAAUCGUGAAGAGGCAUCAGAAGUUCAUCGAGCAGCUGAUCUCGGAGAAAACCGAUCUGACUGAGAAAUGCAAUUCGUUGGCGCAGCGGGUGAAGGAGAUCGAAAUAAAAAUGCAACGCGAUCUGAAGGCUGCAAGCGAUAGGCAUAUCGUAGAAUUACAAAGAGCGAAGGAGCAUUUCGCUGCGGCUGAGAAGAUUAAACGAGAACGAUGGAUAGAAACUAGAACGACGAAGAUCAAGGAAAUGACGGUGAAGGGUUUGGAACCAGAGCUGCGUAAUAUGAUGGAUCAACACGCUGAAGAAAUUCAAAAGCUACGAAACAUACAUAUGAAGGAACUACAGGACUCCGAGUUACGAAUAAUACGUCGUUCUAAUCAGCAAUUGGAACAACUACGCCUGGAGUUGACAGCCAGUUACGAGAGAAUGUUGGUCAAUGAGAAGAACAUUUUAGGCGUCAGAUACCAAGAGAAAUUGGAGGAGCAAGAAAAUCAAUUUAAAACGCAACAGAUGAAACUUGUUCAAGAAAUACAACGCGACAGAGAAAAUUUUACCAAGGAACAGGCUAAACGAGAGGCUGAAAUGGAGGCCAAUUUGCAAGAGAAGCAUUUACAGCAUCAGAAAGAAAUAGAGAAUCUGAAGCAACAACAUUCGAAUGAGAAAAAGACGUUCGAGGAAUCACUGAAGGCUGAGUGGGAAGCCUGGUUACUUGAUUAUAAAAGACAACAAAACUUGCGAAUCGAACAAGCCGAAAAUAAGAUAAAAGAUGAGUGUAACAAAGAGAGGGAUCGACAAAUUGAACUUGCUAUCGAAAGUUUGGAAAAGGAUUCUCGAAACGAGAGGGCCAUGCUUCAACGAAACUUUGACUGCAAACUUAGAUCUCUGAGAGACAAGUAUGAAAUAGAUUUACAAACAACGAUAGACAACGAACAGCUUCAGAAAACUAAAUUAAUUCAAACGAAAGAUAAGCUGGAGAAAACUGAAAUUCAAUUACAACAAGCAGAGAGCAAGUUGCAAGAAUAUGUAUCUGAGUUGAAUAAUGCAAACGAAGUGAUCAAACGGUUAAGUAUGGAAAGAAAUAACUCGAAGAAAUUGGCAAGACAAGAGAUCGAACAGGAAAAAAGAGAAUUGGAGGAAAAAAUUGCCUCGCUUUAUCAAGAAAUAACUCGUAUUAAUGUAAACAGAGACACCUCGAUGGCUCAGUUGCACAGCAGAAUUAAAUUGAUAAUAACUCAAAAAGUAUUGACAAUAAAAAAUUUGACGAAAGAACUUCAUGAUGUAAAAUUAAAGUGUCAACACCUUGAAAAGUUAUUGGAUCAACAACGAAGAGAGUAUAUUUUGAAAAGUUUAUAA